CGUUUGUUUGCACACAAUGGAAGAAAGUGAAGACCUGGACGUCAAUGCGGCGACUUUGAAACAAGACGAUAUUGAAACGGAAGCUGAAGAAAACCAUGAUGGCGAUGUAACCAACGAGACAGCAAUUCAAGUGAACUUUGGCACGAGGGAAACGAACCGCCACCAAGAAAACCAGACGCAAGUAGAUGAAAGCAAAGACAGGGUGGAGGAAAGUAUAUUCGACGACGAACGCAUCGCGCAAAGUGGGAACGAUGAAAGCCAUGAUCAGCUAAGCUCAUUUGCUUGCCCAGUUACUGAUCAGUCUAUGGAUACAGUGGAAGGAGAGCUUGAGCUGCAGCAUCCCUACUUUCUUAGCAGUGAAGAUACAAAUGUACCUGAACAACCAUAUUCCAUGCCGGAUCAACUAACAGUCAGUGUUGAUAUUGGAGAGGAAACGAGGUCCAUUCUUGUACAAAUUCAGAAAGCAAAAAUGGUCAAGCCUUUUAUUGGAGGUUAUCGACACAAAUUGACUGGUGUGGAAUAUCACCAUGCUGCAACUAUGACAAUACCCAAAAGGCGACCAGACAAUGGGAAAGUAAAGUUUCAAAGAGAAACACAAACUGUGAUAACGCGAAACAAGGUGCAGCAGACAACCAGUGCAACAUCAACUCAGAUGACAAUGACUGGCUGCUAUGUAAGUAAAGAUGGAGAUAAGCUUCUUGUUCCUGGAGUUUAUGAAACAGCAGAUGAAUUUCAUGCAAAACGACUUCAAGCAGUCAUUAUUCUUCAGUCUCAUUUUCGUCGAUGGCAUGCACAGAACCUUGUUAAUGGAAUGAAAGAAGAUCGUUUAAGGAGGCUUCAGUGGGAAAGAGAAGAUCAACUUCGUAAAGAACGUGAGAAAGAAGAACGCUUGAAAAGAAACUUUGAAAGGCGAAUGAAUCCAAGGACAAAAGAGGAUUUCGAUAUGUUAUUUCAUGCUUUGGAAAUGUGGAGGCAGGAGGAAUUGUCUCGGAUAAAUUCGUCUUUGUUUGGUCCUGAGAGAAAAGCAGCUCUUUGUCAGCUGUUGGAAAAAGAAGCUGAGCUUAUUGCUUCAAUAGGGCGACAUAAGCUUGUUGCUGACAAGCAUCAAGAGAAACUGCAAAUCAAGCAUUUAUUGAAUACGGCUGCUUCUCCUCGUAAGUGGAUUGCUUUUGAUGGCAAGACUACUGAAAUGGAUACACCAUACACCGUACGAGCCAGUGAGCUACGCGAACUAUACCAAAGUCUUAACAUGAGAUAUCUUACGCAAGAAGAACGAAUGGACGUUUUGUUGACACUCAAAGCUACCAUACGGGAACAUGACUGCAAAGUCACGCGUGAAAUAGUUGAAUUAAUAGAACGUGAGACUGACUUGCUUCUUCGCGGAACUAAGCAGAAAAACUUGGAAGGUUUACGAAAACGAAUCAGUAAUUUGUUUCUACAGUAUGUCAAGACACCCAUGUUCAAUCCUGAAAUAUCAAGGCUGUUGAAGGUUCCCCAAGAGCCUACGCAACUUGUCCAUGAUGUGUAUUUCUGCCGUAGCACAGGACAAUAUCUUCCAUCAUCUGACUUUGAGCUAAGUUUAAAAGCAAGAAAAUUGGGUACCAGUCGUCGAGCAGGAAAUCUGGACAACGUGGCUAGAAAACGUGAGGAUGACUCGGUUUACCUCGAAAUGUUAAAUCAGAUUCGUAUGUCAGAAGAAAAAUACCUUGACAAUUCUCGAGUUGUCUAUUUGCUGCAGACCAUUGAUUUGCGACAUCUCGUCGAAACAAUCUGGAGUUGUCAAAGUCUUCUCAGUCAACACAAUGACUUAAAUGACUUAGUCAUGGUUCGAUGGGAUGUUCAUCAUCACUGGUCACCGUGGAAUUGUGUUCUGCUGACGAAAGAUGAAGCAGUGGGUCAUUUUCGACUUGAUGACAUCACAGAGGGAUACAGUGACUCCUUCAUUGAGAAAGUUCACUUCAAGCAUGUGAUGGCAAGGAACUACUUUAGACGCUUGGCUCACAUGUCUGACAUUUCCACCGGUUUACAGACUGAGGUCAUAGAUAAGAAGGCGGAUAGAACACUAGCUAGGUCUAUAGAUGAGGGACUUGCAACCACGACCUCAGCAUGAAGAAAUUGGCAUUAGCUGCAGAGUUGCUCAUUGAUGAAGAUGCGUGAUUAUAUGUGUUGAGUUGACGUUUGUCACUAGCAGAAGGGUGUGUAUAGGUAGGUUCAGGUGUGUGUGUGUGUGUGUGUGUGUGUGUGUGUGUGUGUGUGUGUGUGUGUGUGUUGUGUGAACCAGAAAUAUUCAGAACAACUGUUUCUUUACAUAAGGCUAAAUUUGGAAACCUGGUGUUAGUACAUACUGCUAGAGUGACUUAAUAUUAACGACAUUUAAAUAACAACAUUUAACGUGAAACUUGA